AUGAAUAAAUAAUUUAAUAAAACUUCCCCUCCUGAAAUAUUUUUGACAACUUAAAUAAAAUAGGGAUAAACAGAAGAUUCAAUAGAUUAAAUUAAAUAAGUAAGAUCAAUAAGUUUAGAGAAAGAGCUAGCUUAAUUGAAUGAUGAAUAAGAAACUUAUGAUUUAAUAAAUGAAGUUGAGUAUAAAAUGUUAAACUUUCGAUCAGAAUUAAGAAGGGAAAGAGCAGAAAUAGAAUCAACAAAAUCAUAAUAGAAAUUGUUAGAAAUAGUUGCUCAAUCUAAAAUUAAAUAAUUGGAAACAUCAUUAAAAUAUACAGUAGAGGCUUUAGAAAAUAAGUUUAUUAGAGAAUAAGGUACAACUAAUGGAUAUGUGGAAUAUAUUUAAUAAUCAAUAAGUUAGUAGAAAAAGGAAGAUGCUUCAAUAAAUCAUUAUAUAAAAUUACUUGAAAAAAGAGUAGAAGCUUUAGAAUUCGAACUAGGAAUCGAAAAUAUUAAUAAUUAAUAAGGGUUGUGA